GCGCGGGAGCCCCCGCCGCUGAUCCCCCCGGCGAGCCCGAGCCCGCCGCGGCGGGGGCGGUCGCCCGAUCGGCGCAGGAAGGCCGCGCCGAAGGCUCCCGCGGAGCCCUCCGCGAAGGCGCCCCUGGGGCGAGCGCGGAGCGCCUCCUCGGAGAUGAGCUUCGACCGCCUGAGCCGCGGGCUCUCGGAGGCGAUGAAGCGCGGCGAGGGCCCGAGGAGCAGCAGCAGCGGCAGCCCG